AUGGAAGCAUUGAAAAACCCGGACGACAAAAUCCUCAGCUACAACGACGUCGUCUUGCGGCGGUCGGACCUCGAAAUCCUCUCGGGCCCACAUUUCCUCAACGACCGUGUAAUCGAGUUUUACUUCAGCCAACUGGCAACGCGCUUCCCGAGCAACGAAGAAGUUCUCCUCGUCCCACCUUCCAUUGCCUUCUGGAUAAAAGAAUGCCCGGAUAAUAACGAGCUCCUGCGAGAUUUUCUUCAACCCCUCAAUCUACACACGAGAAAGCUGGUCAUAUUCCCGGUUAACGACAAUGCUGACGUGGAGCUGGCGGGCGGCGGGUCCCACUGGAGCCUGCUGGCGUUCAUGAGGAGGAGGCGCUGCUCGGGUGGCAGAGACGUUUUUGUCCACCACGACAGCUUUGGGUCCCACAACAGAGAGCACGCGAGGAGGGUUUAUUUGGCCGUGCGCAGGUACGUGGUAAGGGAGGAGGUGGCCUAUGUGGAGCGGCCGAUCGAGCCGGGGCAGACGAACGGGUACGACUGUGGGGUCUAUGUGGCGGCUGUUGCGGAGGCUAUAUGCGAGUGGUACCACGCGGGAGAAGGGAAGGAGGACGAUGGGAUUUGGUUUCGGGAGUUGGAUGAGAAGGUGAAUCAGUCGAGAGUGUCUCGGAUGAGGGGCGAGAUAUUGGAGCUCAUGCGGGAAAUGAUGGCCGAGCGGUGA